GUCGAGCCCAUUCUAAACAGCCUCAACUUCGUAUUAAGGUGUUUAUGGUAUUAUGCGCCCCAGCCUCAAACUUAAUCGUGCAUGGUGGGGCUUUCAAUCUAACUACUUAAAGUUAGUUAAGUAACGGGCUUGAGGCAAAGAUCUCCAUCCUGUCCAACUUCUUUCUCUCCCUACCUCCCAUGCAAUCAUACAAAGCACAAAUAACACGAACAUAGACGCAUAAACCCACACAAACACACCAAAAAAGAAAAGAAAAGUAAAGAAAACCUAUUCUUCCUUCUCUCGCUCCGACAUAUAAAGAUACUCUCUCACGGCAUUCCGCAUUUACACUCUCCCUCGCACCCAUUCAAGCCCACGUGCUCUAACACAUCAAGAGACGUUUCCGGUCAUACGCUCACACAUCCUCUUGCUCACGCACCACCUACAUCACCAAUAUGUUGUACUCCGGAUGGUUUAGCCUGUCUACGCUAUUGACUGCGCAUCUGGUGUCAGGUGAUAUACCGCCACAGUGCUAUGACUGCGUCGUCUUUACACCUGAUCCGCCUUACGCAGCAUCACUAUAUCUGAGUGGUUGCUCCACAGAUGACUGUCCAGGACUAGCUGAAAAAGCGCAGAAGAAAACAGGAGGUUCCUGUAUUUCUUUCUUAAAUAUCUUCGGUUGCAAUGUACAAUGUUCUUAUAAUGCUCUACCGGACCAAAACAGUAUCAACCAAGUUAGGAGAAAGUACUGCUAAGACUAUGGAUAUGGACAGAGAGGGCCUGAAAACGGAGGAAUCGCUGCUAUGAACGCUUAAUGAAAAUUAGUAAAACUAUUAGGAACUCUUUUAUAUCUAAUUUCAGAUUAAUGGCGCUAAUGGGACUAUAAUUAGGAGGAUAAUAAAUAUCAAUGAAACUCAAGUG